CUACAAAAUCAAAUUUGAAUUGAAGGAAAUUACGGUUUCCUAGAAAGUUUGAAUAAUAUUAAAAGAACAAACAUUUCCCCAAGUGGUCUUUCCAGUGAGGAGAGACCACCAACUGGAGCGAUAAAAGAUAGAAGUGAGACUGAACUGUGUUUCAAAAAAAAAAAAAAUCAAAACAAGAAGCGAGCGAAGAGUAGGGAAGAUUCUCAAUUUUGCUUCAAAAGCUCUGAUCUUUCUCUUCUUCUCGUUAGAAACACUAAGAGCAGCAUCCAAAGUUGAUUGCUUUACUUGGUCGGAGAAGCCAUGGAUUCCGGCGACCCGACAGCUUUGCUUUUAACGAAAAUCAGAAGCUUGGAGCCAGACUACGCUACGAAGAUCAUCGGAUACCUUCUCUUACAAGAUUUCUCCGAGAAAGCCCUGAUGCAUCUCGCUCUUGGACCUGAAUCAGUCCUUCACUCCAUUAUCUCGAAGGUGAAAACUCAGUUAGGACUUUUAUCGAACAACUUAUCUGCACCUUCUACUCCCCCGUCUCCUUACCCUAUCUCUCGACCACCUAUCAACGGAAGAGGAGUAGGAGGAGGAGGGCUCUCUCACUCUAAUGGGUUCAUGGGUUUCCGACGAAACUCCCCGUCGUCUCCUUCUUCCACCUCUCCCUGGUCAAUCAACGGAGACUCUGCUACUGAUUUGCUGGAUGAUCAGCAGCUAAACGAUUGCCUUUCGUUUCUCGACGAUUCAUGUGAGAAAACAGAGGAUGUUGCUGAUCCUAUCGAUAACGGAGAAACCCAUCUCCACAGGAGGAGUUUCUCCGCUGAUAACGUCGAUGGUAAUGACAUUGCCACUGAUUCUCCGAGGAAAGUUGAAGACUUUAUGAGGCAAGAGGAGAUGAUGAGGUUGAAAAUGGCUUAUCAGCGUCAGAGGCUUGCUUCUUCUCAGAUCUUGAAUAGGGCUCAACAGUUCCCAUGCGAGAAAAGAACAGACUUUCUUCUGCAUCAACAUGCUCAUAGAGAUGGUGGACUGCGUAUUGGUGAUGAAAGGUAUUGGAGCAGCAGCCCAGGGAGGCUUGAGAGGAUGGAGCUAAUGGCAACGCAUUUUAAUGAUCUGUCAAACUCUGUGGCAAGACAGAUCUACUUGACGUUCCCGGCUGAGAGCACGUUUAAGGAUGAGGACGUUGCAGCUUACUUCAGCCUUUUCGGAACAGUGCAAGAUGUGCGGAUCCCAUACCAACAAAAGCGUAUGUUUGGCUUUGUUUCAUUUGCCCAUCCUGAGACUGUGAAGGUUGUACUAGCUAGAGGGAAUCCCCAUUUCAUUUGCGACUCACGUGUACUUGUCAAACCUUACAAAGAAAAAGGCAAAGCGUUGGACAAGAAACAUCAUCAUCUGCUACAACAGCAGAUUGAGCUUGGGAACUACUCCCCAUGUUCCAGUCCAUCUGGGCUUGAUCCUAGAGAGCAGUCUGACUUCCAACUUGAUUCGAAGAUGUUCUAUCAGAGACGGGAGAUGAUGAGAAGGAAAAUGGAGCAAGCUGAUCUGGAGAGAGCUAUUGAGUUUGAAAGAAGACGCCUCAUUAAUUUGCAGCUUCCUGAGUUCAAGAAUAGUGUAGUGCUGAAUCAUCACCGCAGCUUCUCUGUGGGGUCUCCUGGUUGUUUUCCAUCUGCCAGCAACCUAAGCCCUGAUAUUCAAUCUGAACUCAAUAGUGAUGCUUUUGAAGUAGUUGAUGACGCCACGGUGGUGCAUUCUUACCCAGUAACCGGCCCAAGGCGUAUUAACCACGAUAAGGAUUCAAACGGUGCAAAAGUAAGGAACAAUGAGAGUGAACCUGACAUUGGAAGCACUAUAGAGCUUGUUUUUCCUAGUAACCUCUUCCCUUCUGCAACAGCCACCGAUGAUUCUUCCGAUACUAGUGCAAAAGAUGGAGUCUCCGUCUCCUCUGGUAACGGAAAUGACCAUGAACCACCAGCCACUACCAGUAGCCUGAUGCAGUAGGCUAUUUCACCUUAUAAAUGCCAAGGGUUGAUUUUUUUUCUUAUGGAUAAGAUGAGGCUACUGGAGUGUGUAUGUAAUAACGACAAAUUAAAAAAGGCAUACACAAGGAAGUAGGAUGAUGUAUUAUGUAUAGCCAAGUUAUAUAUAUGGAGAAGAGAAAGAAUGUAGGAGUGAUGAUAACAUGGUAAACGCGUGUGGUGUACUAUUAACAAUCGGAUGCGUUGGAUAUACUUAAAAGAAAGACAAAUCUAUAUGAUAACUUUCUUUUCUGCUAUUA